AUGGACUCUGUGGAACCCACAACACCAAGCAACGCCGGCGACUACUCUGAGGAGAAUAGAGUAGGCGAUCAACUUGAUGAGGAUUCAAAGAGGCCUAAACACGGCGAAAAGCGAAGGUAUCAUUGCACCUUCGCCGGCUGUAAUCGCGACUAUUCCCGAGCAGAGCAUCUCUAUCGUCACCAGCUAAACCACAAUCCAAAGGAAAUCUUCCGCUGCCACUAUCCGGGAUGCACCAGAACCUUCGUCCGUCAAGACCUAUGUAACAGACAUCAAGAGCGCCAUUUCAGUCGUGCUCGUCAGGAGUCGGCCCCUUCCGACGCCCGCCAUAGCGUCACCACUGCUGGCCACUCGUCUGAUACCGAUGAGAUCAGUGCUCUCGUUGCCCUGGGCUCGGCCAACAACUCCUCUUACCAGCGUGCUCGUACCCUUCCGGCCGGCGAUAUUUCCCGACCUACAACGAACGAUGGAUCUGGCCACAUCUCAACCCCAAGUCGAUACCCUAAUAUUCUCAACAACCCUAGUGCCCAGCCUACAUACACCUCGUCAACCUCGACACUUGAUGCACUGAAAAAGUCGCCUGAGUAUCGGGAAUAUGACAAGCCAUCUGUUUUUACCAGACCUCCCGAACCAAGUUCCCUCGCAGGUAGGAAAAGAUCCCGAGAUCUGGUUGAUCUAAGUGUCUCAUCUUCUGGAGCUCCUCCGCGACGCUUGACGGAUGCCAGCACGAACGGUCGUGACAUGCUUCCGUCCUCAGGGUCCGCCGUCUUCAACGAGUCUCCCAUCUCAAUGAGGGAUGAAUUCACCAAUUGGCUCUUCGAUGAUGUCAACACCAUGUCAGGUGGCUUCGGUGGCCUUGGACUCAUGACUGCGGCCGAUGGAUUCGGCAGUCAAAUCUAUCCCACAUACUUCGAUGACAGUGGCAUGGACAACAUAUAUGACAACAUGUCGCCACACACCCGGGCAGACCUCGGAUCAGCAGCAAUCUCUUCGACGACAGGCCAUCUCCUCUCUCCGGCCAAGCGCCAGACCUUGAUUGCCCUCAUAGAGCUGCGAUUCACCGAGGACGACGCGGUAGAUAUAGCGCAGCUUCGCGAUGCGGUAUUGGGUGGAGAUCAAGACUCAGAAGACCAUGUUCUGAGUAUGCGGUCGCUGCAAAACUACAUCGGCUCAUACUGGUUUCACUUCCAUGAACAGAUCCCAGUCUUGCAUCAACCAACUUUCUCGGCCGACCAGACCCAUUCGUACCUCUUGCUCGCGAUCAUGAUUAUCGGCGCCUCAUACCUAAACAAGGCCCACGGUCGAAGCGUCACCUCAGGUGCCGCCAAAUUCGCCGCUUUCAUCGCCUGGCAUCUCCGGUGGCAGAUCUUCAAAGAUCCAGACUUUAGGCCUCCUGCAAAGCUAUGGGUUUUCCAAACGCUGUUGCUGCUUGAAGUGUACGAAAAGCUCAGUGCGAGCCGUCUUAUCCAUGAGCGUGCCCACAUCCACUCAGCCACUACAAUAACGUUGAUGCGCCGCGGCACCGCUCUUAUCGACAGCGGUCUCCCCCACGACGUCUCACGCAGUGCCACCACGCCGGAGCAAUGGUGGGGACGCUGGAUCCAGAGCGAAGCCACCCACCGAGCCGCUCUCGCAGCCUUCUACCUCGAUGCUUUAUCGGCAACCUUGUUCGGCCACGCCGCCAUGAUGGUCGUACAUGAAGUUCGCCUUCCAUUGCCAUGUGAUGAUGCGCUUUGGUCUGCAACCUCGGCGGCAGAAGUGGCCCGUGUUGAAGCCUCCUUGCACGCCAAUGGCGUACAGCCUCCUACUUUCACCGAAGCACUUCGCAAGAUUCUCACCGGCCGGAAAGUGCGGACCAACCCCUUCGGGCGAAUGGUUCUCAUGGCUGGGCUCCUGUCGAUAUCCUGGCACAUGCAGCAGCGCGACCUCCAGAUGUCUGUCCUGGGCGUGUCGAGAGGUAUGGGCGGAGUCAUGGGAACACUUCCUUCCGGCUGGCGUGAGCCCUUAAUGAAGUCGUUUGACUUCUGGAAGAAGGACUUUGAAGAGUCUCGUGCGCAUAUGCAACGGAUUGCGUUGCCUUGGCAGACGACCGCCCAGACUAGCGCAAGCGACAACGAUAAUGUGAUCGUUGCGACCAAUUUGUGGCAUCUGGCGCAUAUGGCAAUGCACGUGGACUUCCGCGAUUUGCAGAUCUUCGCUGGGGCGAGAUAUAACCUUGGUCGACCUAUCGCCGAUACUGACCGUGAGCGUACAAAGAACAACAUUUCAGCUUGGAUCAAGAGCCCGGGAGGCCGGACAGCAGUCUGGCACGCAUUGCAGCUACUCCGAGAAACUCUAUUGCCGAAAUCUACAGCGGGUCCGGACGGCGAGAUGAAUGCUUAUGUAGCCCGUGACGAUAACCUCACGCAUCGUCCUUGGACGCUAUAUGUCGCAGGCCUAAUGGUCUUCUGCUGGGGCUACAUGACGGACGGCCUGCUACGACCAUUCCCUGCGCACCUGCUUCGCCCUGCCAAUGGUACGAUCGCGUCCGGCCAACGGCCCUCCAUCCAGAGUCUCACCAGCACGAGCCCCUCACCACACCCCACCGACCUGGACUGGAGCACCGAUCCGCAGACACAGGCGCAGAACUUUCAGGAGGCGAAGCUCUAUCUUCAAACCAUUGGCAGUGCCGUUGGACCUGCAGAGCUGGAGACCAUCAAGGCGGGCCGCAACAAUGUCGUGGGCCUGCUCAGGACCCUUGAGUUCGCUUUCCGGGACGCAAAGUGGGAAUUGCUAAGAGAAGGGGCGGAAAGGUUGCGGGCGGCCCUGGUCAUGCUCGAGCGGUGA